AUGGCUGAAGCUGAUAUCGCUGUAAUUGGUUUGGCUGUCAUGGGACAGAAUUUGAUCCUUAAUAUGAAUGAUCAUGGAUUCACCGUAUGCGCCUUUAACCGAACAGUGAAAUUAGUCGACGAUUUUCUAGCCAAUGAAGCCAAGGGAACCAAAAUUAUUGGGGCUCAUUCAAUCGAAGAGAUGUGCAAGUAAGCAUUUUUUCUGAAAAAAAUAGACAUUUUUCUUUGCAGAAAAUUGAAACGCCCACGCCGUGUUAUGAUGUUGAUUAAAGCUGGAACACCAGUCGAUUCGAUGAUCAACGCAAUUGUUCCACAUUUAGAAAAAAGGCGAUAUUAUUAUUGAUGGUGGAAAUUCAGAAUAUACUGAUUCAAAUGUAAGAAACUGAUUUUUUGCUUGCUUUUUUCCGAGUUUCAUGCUCAAAAACUGCUCACAUUUCCAUUUAUGCUCUAUGAAUGCAUAAUUUUCAACAUUUUUCGGAAAAAAAAGUUCAAAAUUCCCUCUCAAAUUUUUUGGCAAACCGGAGAAAAACUUCCGAUAUUUCCAAAACAAAAAAUCACCCCACUCUCCAAAAAAAUUCCAAUUUUCCUGCAAACACUUUUUCAUACACACAACACAAUCAAAAUUGCUUAUCAUUUCACACGAAAAAACAAUGUGAUAGACACAUUUUGUCUGCAUCUUUUCGGCCUCUCCAAAAAAUUCAAAUUUUUUUCCAGAGACGCGCCAAAGAACUCGGCGAAAAGGGAAUUCAUUUCGUCGGAUGCGGAGUUUCGGGAGGAGAAGAAGGUGAAUUUUAUUCAAAAUAUUAUGAAAAAUAUCACAUUAUGCUUAAAAAUUAA